GUGAGACUUAUUCACUAUGAGGAGAAUAGCACGGGAAAGACCCACCCCCACGAUUCAGUUACCUCCUCCUAGGUCCCUCCCACAACACAUGGGGAUUCUGGGAGAUACAAUUCAAGUUGAGAUUUGGGUGAGGGCACAGCCAAACCAUAUCAGAAAGGGAUGAAGUGACAGCAUGUCCUGAUGUGUGUGAUGGUUUUAUGAGUUAUUACCUAUUUCAAAAUUGAUUGCAAUGUGUGAAAAAGAACAGAGACUUGUACUAUCUGACUUUAAGGCUGACCAUAAGCUAUUAUAGACAAGGCAUCAGGAGUGACAAAUAGAUAAACGGACUGAGUUAAGAGACCUGAAACUGAUCCAUAGCUAUACAGUCAAUAAAUGGGUUUUCAAUGAAAGCAGUUCAAUACAAGAAAACAAACCGUUUCAAUUAAUGGACUUUCAUAGGGAGGGAGGGGAGGCCAAUGAUGUUAUUCUCCCUCACUCUACACACAAAAGUAACUUGAGACGCAUUAUAGACCAAAACUUAAAAGUUAAAGAUAUAAAGCAUUUCAAGGAUACUUUGUGACUUGUUGGUAGCCAAAGAUUUUCAAGGAUACUUUUUGACUUGUUGGUAGGCAAAGAUUAGCCUAAUCCUAUAAUUAUUAUUACUGUGGUCUGGUACACUGCACCCAGUUUCUGCUGGAGUAUUUCCCGGGUGUCUCUAAUAAGUAAGAGAAGGCCCCAUGGGAUAUUCCUACAGUUCCCAGAUGAACAGUGGGAAAGACUCCACGCUGACCAACCCGGGGGGCCUGAAAACUCAGGUCCUCAAGGAGGGUAGAGGAUACGUGGACCCUGACCCAGACCCCUGGAUGGGCUGUGCCAAGAGACCCAGCAAGGGAAGGGAUUCCCUCCUGCCUCAGGUUCUGUAUUCUUCUGUGGUUAGACGACCUGAACCCAACUCCCUCCCCGAGCACUGGAGUUGGGGCUUUUCCAAGUGCUGGGGAUCUUGCUGUCCUAAGGAUAGCUGAGCAAGGGGGUCGAGGAGGAGCUUGGGUAGUGGAGGAGGGGAAACCGGGUAAGAUGCAUGAAGCAGUCGGCUAUACAAGACACAGACAGGAUCUACUGGGACCCAAGCGCCUUCAUGUGAAGCUUGGUCUUGGGCCACCUUGUUCCUCAAAGGGGUGCCUACUUCCAUGAGGUCUUCAAAGGGACUGUGGAAAGAGAGGCCUUCAGCCCACACCUCUGAAUGCUUUUCCACCACAGCAUGCCCUGUGGCCUGUAUCCUGCUGAUGUGGAACAGUCAGACCCCUGCACGGCUGCAGAGCCUCUGUACUGGGUGGCAUCCCAGCCUGAGUGCCACAGCUCAGUGGGUAGGCCCCCGAGCAAGUAGAGAGGAGGGCACUUUUUGGACAGAAUGUGUGGGGCAAGAGCGAUGGCUCAUCCGUUCAGGUUACUCACAAAAUGAGAGUCAGGAAGAUCAGGGCACAGACCUGAUUUCCCACACAGGGCUGAAAGCAGACAACCGGAGGGAGAGCAGCACCUGGGCCAAUGAGGUAGAAGACAGAAGACCACAGUAUACUCCUGCCCUCAACCUCAACCCCUCCCACACACAUCCUCCACGCCCCCUAACCACCUUCCUCAGAAGUGUAAUAGGAAUCCAGAUAUCCCCUGGCCUGGUUGCUGCAGGAGGCACAGUGGCCUGGAGGAUCCUGAGGCAGUUGUGGGAAGAUGUGGAUUGUCUAACUGGAGGUUGGGAGUCCAGGGUGCAGAAGGAGAAGCUUGGAGUGCAGGGUUUGGUGGUACGUGUGUGGCAGCAGGCAAAAGAAAGAGACAAUUAAGCCACUUGAAAUACCAUGAGAGAUCAAAUUUAGAAAAUUCCCGGGGACGUAUGCAUGUAGGCAUUCACGAGAUCCAGAAAACAGCUGCUGCAUAACUGCAUGUUGCGUGCAAGCCCUAAGUUGCUGAUUUUUAAACAGCCCGAUGGGUUCACAAAGGCAAUUUCUGAAUAGUCUUAAAAGCAGAGGUGCAUUAAAGCUACUGUGCCCUGCAGCCCAGGAUCCCAGUAAGUUCUUUGACCAUUUAUGGAAGAUUUUUGGAG